CUUGCUGGAUGCACAAUCAACGCAAUGUGGCAGCACUAGUUACUAUCAUGGUGUGAGCGCAUAGGAAGGUUGUGCAGUGCUGGUUUAAAAUUCGCACGUUAUUUUAUAUUUGCACACUCACUGCACCACCUUAUAAAUAUCUGGCACUAUGGCUGAAUGCUGCCAGCCUGAAGAAUUUGCAGUGAGUUGGCAGCCACACAAGUAAACAGAUGUUCGCCAGACUCGAGCUAGAACAUUAUAAUAAAAACAAUAUUAAUGACAAUAACAAUGUGUGUCAUUUGAAGUAGAGCACAAAUUAAGCAACAAUUCGCACACAAUGGAUCCUGUAGUAUUCUUCGUCGUGCUGACGUCGAUUUACGGCAUGAUGUACUUCUUUGAUCGCUUCUUUAAAAGCUGCAUGCACUAUCCAUACGAUGCCUUUCUGCGCAACACCGGACUGAACGUGAACUUUAUGAGCCUCCAUUGGCACUCAAGUGCCAGCGCCUUUAACCGGAUGCUCAUACGCUGGGGAUCCUCAUCCGGCAGCAGCUUCACUCGCAAUUUUCUAGUCAAAAGCUUUAACAUGGGAGUCGUGCUGUCAUUUCUGCUGCUUCCCGUUGGAAUCAUAUUGCUUAUCAUUACCAUAUUCAGUGGCAGCGACUCUGGAACGUCGGCAGCAUCAACAUCGACAUCGACAGCUUCGACGCCCGCUGUACAACUGGAAAUUUUAUUGCCUGGGGUUAAUCUGCCCCUGCAAGAGAUUGGCUAUUAUAUAGCCACAUUGGUACUGUGUACCUUGCUGCAUGAGCUGGGCCAUGCUCUAGCUGCAGUGCUGGAAGAUGUGCCGGUUACCGGCUUUGGUUUCAAGCUUUAUUUCUGCCUUCCAUUGGCCUACACGGAGCUCUCGCACGAUCAUUUAAAUGGCCUACGCUGGUUUCGCAAGCUUCGCAUUCUCUGUGCGGGCAUUUGGAAUAAUUUCCUGUUUGCCGGCCUUUGCUAUCUGUUAAUCUCUACACUGAGCAUCACCAUGUCACCAUUUUACAUCCUCAACAAAUCUGUGAUUGUUACCGAUCUGACGCCAAAGUCGCCACUGCGAGGGGAACGUGGUUUGAAGCUGGAGAAUGUGUUGACCCAUCUAAACGACUGUCCAGUCACGAGCGAGGAUAGCUGGCUGGAUUGCCUGCAGCAGGCUCAACAGAUACGUCUGGGUUACUGCAUCAGCUCGGAUUUCAUACGCUUGAACGAUGAGAGCAUCGACAUCUCGCAUCACAGCGCCGAUGGCAGGCUGCAGUGCUGUGAGGAGCGCAAUCCCAAUGUCAGCUGCUUUGAGUACGUUGAGGACAUUACUGUGGAUGCACCUGCGGAGAUACCACAACAUGUUUGCCUAAAUGUGCGUCGCACCCUCGAGGAUGCCAGCGGAUACUGCAGAACUGGCGUUUGUCCGCAGGGAUAUUGUUUGCGUCCCAUGUUGCACAAUACAACCAGCAUUUUGGUCUUCAAGAGACAGAAUCUUGAGGGACAGUCAAUCCCUCAAGUCAUAUAUGUGGGCCAGCCACGAGAUGUGCUACGUACAGUGCGUGUGUCAGGUUUUGUGCCGCAAUAUCCACAUUUGAGCUCCGCCUGGCCAGAUGCCUGGUCGUUGCUGCUCAAAUACAAUGUUGUCUUUAGCAUUGGCCUGGCCUUAAUCAAUGCGAUUCCCUGUUUUGGUUUUGAUGGCGCUCACAUCACCAGCACCGUGAUACACAGCUUUCUGGUGGGACGCGUGGAGGAGCACGCCAAACGGGAUCUCAUCUCACUGAUCAUCACCAGCGUGGGCUCAUUGCUCUUCGGCCUGGCCCUGCUUAAAGUUGCCUGGCUAAGUUUGCUGCGUCCGCUGCUCUGAGCACUCUUCUAUCUCUCUCUCGCUCUCCCUCUGUCUCUCAGAGUUAACAAGUACCAAAAUGCUAGACUGCUUUUCUCACACACUUACUGAGACUAACUAAAACAGCGAAUUGUAGCACCUCAAAGGUUUUAGAACGUUUAUAAUUAGUACAUAUAUUUGGCUAUUGUCACGGCUCUCGUAUUUAUUUAUACAGAUUUAUGGUUGUCAUUCUAGUUUAUCAUCAAAUUUGUAACGCUCAAAUAAAAACAAGCAUUUUCCUCA